UCACAAGAAGUAGAGAUAAAUAGUUAUCUGGAAGGUGGGUGCUUUGCUCGUUCUCUGAUCAUGUGGGUUAAAUUUGGUAUCUCUGAGCAUGGAAGAAAUUUAUGGAUUCCUUCCGGUUGGGGUCGCAUUUACUUGGUAGUAUUUUGUUUGGAUGCACCAGGUGAAACAAUGAUGACGUGGUUGCCACCUUCACCUCCACUUUCUGACAGCGGCGAUGAUAUUUAUUAUGAUUGUACCGGGGAAUACUGGUUUGAGCAACUACCAAUGGCGGAACAUCGCUUACCAUCAAUAAUUUAUGAGCUUUACCGCCCACUACCAGCUGCACCUAGAUUACCGCCAGCACCACGAUGUAUGCCGGAAAUUGUGCUUCCGGGCCCCAUUCAGUAUCAGAUAGCACCAGGUGUAUUACCACCGAUUAUUGCAAUGCCUCCAUCGCCAACUGGCAUGUGUACCGUGGCAAGUGGUAUUAUUCGCGACACUGUGCCAUCUCCAUCAACAUCAGUUACUUCAAUUGCUCAGGAACGUGGCAUCAAUUUGAUACCUCAGACAGGCGCAUCUUCUGGUGCUGCUUAUCUUGAUACAUCAAACUUGCUAAGACCUGCCACACCUUCGUGCCUUCCUGGCUCCGUUGACGAUACUAUCGAUAGUGUACGAAAGACUGCACAAAAAACGAUACCAUUUCAGGGACUUCAAAGAUCUCAAGUUGGAAGCAGACAUUGCAGUUUGCUUGAUGGCCGUAAUACUACAAGUGAUCUACGACGACCGUUUACACCACCUCCUCGAUAUCGUGAAGCGAUUGAUUAUGAUGGAACAGAAUGGAGUAUUGCAGAGGAGUAUGAAGCGCUCAUGAUUUUAACCAAAUUACAACGUUUACCGAAUCAUUUGCAUUCGACAAAAGAUGGACAUUGUGUAAAUUGGGAUUUGAUGUCGACUUUAUUGAGUACGUGGUCAGAAGUUUACCGGUAUGUUGUGAUCAAAUUUUUUAGUUCUCCUCGCCAAUGUUCACUUCAUUAUCAAAUGGUGGUGCAACCACGGGAAGAGGGACGAAUGGUUACUUUGGAUCCAAUUACAAAGAAAACGCGAAGAGUUCCUUUAUCAUCUAGUGAAAUGAUCACUAAUUUAACAUUAAUCAAAUUGAUAUUUUUUUUGGGAUUUACAUCAAGAUUUUCAGUACAUAUGAAACGUGGGCGAACGAAAACUGAUCAGCAGUAUUUUGCUGACAUUGUACAGUUGUUGUCUUCUGAAUUUGAUAAAAAAGCUAAAGCGCUAAAAAUGGCAUCUCUGAAACAAACACCUCACUUGGAAAUGCAAAGAUUGGAUGAAGCGGAAAUAAAAUGGGAUUUGCCUGAAGCCCAAGGAAUGAAAUUAACUGAAUUGGGUGUACAAUACGAUUCUACAACAACUCUGUUAGAAAUUAUAAAUCGUCGCGAGGAGAAUCGUAAAAAUUCAGUUAAAUCAACAACCCAAAAGAAUCUCACUUUCAUAGGAGAUGAUGAAGAAACGGUUGGUUUUGGGCAGAUCACAGAAGAGAAAGCAACUCUUAAAGAGCCAGCACUGAGUACGAUUCCUGGCGUUAUCAACUAUCAGAGAAUUAGUUAUGAUGAUAUUAUGCAAGAAGCACAAAAACAACCUGUUGCUGUCGCGACAUCUCUUUCUGGCACAUCUGUUUCAACUGCGAAAAUAUUCUCUGCUAGUAGCCAAAGUCAAUCCGCAAGCAGUGCGUCUGCUCAAAGCUCAAGUGAUUCAACUCCAAUCAUUUUUGGCCAACGUGCUUGCGCUGAUCACUCACAAUCUCCUAAACUCCAAGUUACAUCUGCUGCUACACCUACUGCUACGACUAGUGCUACAUCCAGUGCUACACCUGCUGCUCACCAGAUCAGUUCUCGGCGCCUUACAGUUCCAGUUGGUUCAGGCAGUUCAGCUCAACAUCAAAUUGUCAUGACAGGAAGUACACAAAUGGGAUCAACUGGAGGACAACAACCAUACGCUGUUGUGGUCACAUCCCAUGAUACUGUAAGCCAUGGAUUGCAAUUUGCUUGGCACACAUUAUCGGUUCCCAAUGCUAUUUUAAGUUGGGUGGUCAACAGUCUAGUGGACGCUUCCAACAUGCGGUACGACAGGAAGGAAUGGCUGAGCGGCAAACGGUUUAUCGAGCAAUUCCUUCUCUCAGUUCGAAAAGAACGAUAUCUUCACAAAUUCCGCAACGAUGGUGGUAAAAGUGAUCUUCUCUACUUCACUGCCUUUCUGUUCAAUUAUUUUGUUCUUAAAAUAUUUUAUUUUCAGCAAAAAGUGUUCCAGAUUGCGACCGGAACAUCUGCAGAAUCACAACAGCAAAUUUAUGCUGCUCCAUCUCAUAGCGGACGAACGUUGAUUAUGUCCCAAGGAGAUAAUUCUCACCUGGGUGAAGCAAGUCAGAUACAGAUGAUUCGACCGCAAAUGCAAACUGGAAUAUCUUUACGUCAAGAUGUUCGACCUAAAAUAGCUCAGCGAACACCGCAGGGUCGUUUGUACGUUACUACUACUGGUGCUGACCGUACAUACAUUAUGCCACAGUCACAAGUACGAAUGAUACAUGGUGCGCAGCGGAUCACAUCAAAACGUGUGACAAAUUCGUUACACACAAAGACAAUAGGGGGACAAGCGCAAGUAGGUUUGCUGGAAUAA